AUGAGGGCACUCGGUAUAGUCUUUGUUUUGGUGCUGUGUGUGUGUGCCGGAGCCAUAGGUGUGCAGGUUAAGGCUGGAAACAGAGUCUUUCCUCUGGAGUCGGUGAAGCAGCUGAAGGAGCUGAUGGAUUUGGAUGAUGAAAACAUCAGCCUUCACCUCCCUGAAACGACCGUUGAAGCCGCCUGUGCCAAUCCUCUGCUGCCACGAAUCUUCCGCUCUGUGUGUCGAGGGAGUAGAGCGGGGAUUGUUUUCUCCACACUGGUGAAUAUCAUCACGUCUUCAGAUCCUUGUGAAAUAUGUGCCAAUCCUGCCUGCUACGGGUGUCUGAACUGA